UUGAUGUUUUGUGAAAAGAAAAAAGGGGAGUUGCACUUUGCAGUUGAUUGCAAUAAUCAUCCCAAGUCUGCUUUCCAAUCAAUCCUGCUGUAAAAUAACUUUAAAAUACAUCACAUCUAUUUUUCCUCUAGUCAAUAUAUUUCACAAAUGGCAUUGCCUUGGUGUGAAUAAAGAGUGUGCAUCAUUGUCAUAUUGAUUGCUCAUUACAAGAUACACAAAACGUAAUUAUACUACAAAAUUAUGUCGUUUUAGAUGUUCUAAUGCAUGGUAGCGCAUCAUAGUUUAGAGUAUGAAGUGCGUUUAGUUUGUGAAUUAAUAUUUUGGCAUCUUAUUUGGGUAGUGAGUGGGGGAAAACUUAAAUAUACAAGAUAAACAAGAUAAAAAAAAAAAAAAAAAAAAUUAAGGAAAAAUUUCCUACGUGCACACAAUUUUAAAGUCAGUCACAUGAUUCCUGUGAUUUAGCUCUAAACUUCUGACCGUUUUCACGAUUGUUUCCCUCUUUUUACUUGAAACAUUAACGCUAUAAAUUCUGUUUUUAAUAUGCCAUUGCCAGUGAUGUGGUAAACAAAAAUUAUAAAACCAAAAGAAUACGGCACCCAGUUUUCAAUUUCUUGGUGGAGGUAAAUGGGCUGCCCAUUCCUACGGGUGGAAAUUUGCGAAUAAUGUUGAACGGUCAACGAUGGAGAAAUUUCCACUGAAGGGUACCUUAAGUUCGUCAACAUCAACAUCGUCGCCUGGUCCUGCACAGUUGAACACGACGCCCACCACCUAUCACUCUCUCGAUGCCAAGAACGGCAAUGGCAUAGACAGCGGAAGUACCGGUGACGCUCGUUUGAGACCAACGGGCCUGAUCAACAGGGGAACAUUAAUUAGUAGUGACGAAGAUAUGCUGCAGGACGUAAAUCAACACACACUGGCUUCCCAGCAACAGACAGGGAAUAAUGCCUACCUAGAUCGCAAUGUCAGACUCGAUGAUGGUACUUCACACUGUGGGAUUACUUUUUCUGGGAUUCAGGUUUCAGCUGAUUCCGAUGAUAUUCCUGGUAUUGGACAGUACGAUGAUUUCCACACAAUCGAUUGGCAGCGUGAUAUCGCACGAGAUCGAAUGCGACAUCGUUACAUAGUGAAAAAGAAGCAUGAUUCCAUUUUGGACUUGAUCAAAGGUGCCCAUGACGCAUGGUCAGGAUGGCUCUGCGUUUUAUUUGUCGGAUUAUUUACUGGCGUAGCUGCAGGUGUCAUCGAUAUUGGGGCAUCGUGGAUGACUGAUCUGAAAUUUGGUAUCUGUCCGCAAGCUUUUUGGCUAAACAAAGAGCAAUGCUGUUGGAGUUACAACGAGACAACAUUUGACGGUGGAAAUUGUUCACAAUGGUGGUCAUGGCCUGAGGUAUUCAACCAAUCGAAAGACGGAGCUGGCCCGUACAUAAUAUCAUACAUGUUUUAUAUUGCUUGGGCACUUUUAUUCGCCUCCUUGUCAGCUUCCUUGGUGAGAAUGUUUGCCCCUUACGCUUGUGGCUCCGGUAUACCUGAGAUUAAAACAAUCCUAAGCGGUUUUAUAAUUCGUGGAUAUUUGGGCAAGUGGACUUUGAUAAUAAAAUCCGUUGGUUUGAUACUUUCUGUAUCUGCAGGCCUCAGUUUGGGCAAAGAAGGCCCGAUGGUGCACAUAGCAUGCUGUAUAGGAAACAUAUUUUCAUAUUUGUUCCCAAAGUAUGGAAGAAACGAGGCCAAGAAGCGCGAAAUUUUAUCCGCAGCUGCUGCGGCUGGGGUAUCCGUAGCUUUUGGAGCACCAAUUGGUGGCGUGCUAUUCAGUUUAGAAGAAGUGAGCUACUACUUUCCGUUGAAAACGCUAUGGAGAUCAUUUUUCUGUGCUUUGAUAGCAGCGUUCGUACUUCGCUCCAUAAAUCCAUUUGGUAACGAACAUUCAGUUUUAUUUUUUGUCGAGUACAACAAACCAUGGAUAUUCUUUGAACUUGUUCCUUUCGUGAUGCUCGGUGUUAUGGGAGGCGUCAUUGCAACUUUGUUCAUAAAAGCUAAUCUCUAUUGGUGUCGCUAUCGAAAAACGUCAAAACUUGGCCAAUAUCCAGUAACCGAAGUUUUGGUUGUCACCGUUGCAACAGCUAUCAUAGCUUACCCAAAUCCUUACACCAGGAUGAAUACUAGUCAACUGAUUUACUUAUUGUUCAGUCAAUGCGGAGUAUCUAAUGCCGACAUUUUGUGCGAUUACAACAGAAAUUUCACGGACGUCAAUUCUGCUAUUGAGAUAGCCAAAGCUGGUCCAGGAGUUCACAAAGCCGUUUGGUUACUGGUCUUGGCUUUGAUUCUUAAAUUGAUAAUGACAAUUUUCACAUUUGGUAUGAAAGUGCCUUGCGGACUAUUCAUACCAUCGUUGUGUCUUGGUGCGAUAAUGGGUCGUAUCGUCGGUAUUGGAAUGGAACAACUCGCUUAUAAAUAUCCUCACAUUUGGAUGUUUAGCGAAGAGUGUUCGACCGGCGUCGAUUGUAUAACACCUGGUCUUUACGCUAUGGUUGGGGCGGCUGCGGUCUUGGGCGGAGUAACGAGAAUGACGGUCUCUCUCGUUGUCAUAAUGUUCGAAUUAACGGGAGGAGUGAGAUACAUAGUUCCUUUAAUGGCAGCCGCCAUGGCAAGUAAAUGGGUGGGCGAUGCUUUAGGAAAGCAGGGAAUAUAUGACGCUCAUAUCGGAUUGAAUGGUUAUCCGUUCUUAGAUAGUAAAGAUGAGUUUCAACACACCAGUUUAGCAGCGGAUGUUAUGCAGCCAAAACGUAAUGAGGCAUUGAACGUAUUAACUCAAGACUCUAUGACGGUUGACGACGUCGAAACAUUACUCAAAGAAACCGAACACAAUGGUUUUCCCGUCAUAGUAUCGAGAGAGUCGCAAUACCUGGUCGGUUUUGUCCUCCGCAGAGAUCUGAAUCUUGCAAUAGCAAACGCCAAACGUCUAAUGGAGGGUAUAAUGGGACAAUCUCUUGUUAUUUUCACCAGUGGUAACAACGUUCAGACUCAUGGUCCUCCACCAUUAAAGUUGAAAAAAAUAUUAGACAUGGCGCCGAUCACAAUCACCGAUCAAACACCGAUGGAAACCGUAGUCGACAUGUUCAGAAAAUUAGGACUGAGACAAACGCUUGUGACUCACAAUGGGCGGCUUUUAGGUGUUAUAACCAAAAAGGAUGUUUUGAGACACGUCAAACAACUUGACAACGAAGAUCCUAGCUCCGUUUUAUUCAAUUGAGUUUUUUUAUUCCCUCCAAAAUGAGAAAAAAAAACCUUUUAAACUUUUAGGCUGAGCAUAAUAUCCUGUAUAUUAGUAUAAUUAUGAUAGUAAUUAUUAUUGUCUUUACUAUUAUGAUUACUGUUAUUAUUAUGAUUAAUAAUAAUAAUAAUAAUAGUAGUGAUAAUUAGAUUACAUGCGUGCAGCUAACCACAAGUAGCUCACAUAGAUUUUUAUAUUUCUAUAAGUAGUAAAUUAAUUUCUGUAAUAUUGUCAAUAUUAUUAUUAUCAUUAUUAUUAUUAUUAUUAUUAUCAUUACUACAUUGUUUUUGUUAUUAUCAUCGUCAUUAUUAUUAUUAUCGAUCAUAGGUUGACAUUUGAAAUAUUACUCUUAUGAUGAAAGCAGCAUCGUACUACUAUGCGGUCGAAAGAAUUACCAUUAUUAUUCCGUUGCAAAGAACAAAAAAAAAACGAGGUAGAGUCAAUUUUGAAUACGGUGAUGCUGCAUCUACUCGAUAAGAUUGUCAAUAUUAUUCAAAUUAUUAGCUGAUUUUAUUUUAUGAAAUUUGAUGGACUUUACAGUAUAACCCUUAGAAGAAAAAAAAUGAAAGAUACCAGAAGAAAAUCCCGUAAUAGCUUUGUUGUUAUCAUCAUGUAUUAUUAUCAUCGCGAUAUUUUAAUUUUCAAUAUUUAGGUAAUAAAUAACUAUACAAUGUUAAUUACAAUAAUUAUUAUGUAUAAGAUGAUGAAUGUAUCUCACUUCGAUAUAUACAUAUGUAUAUUUGAACGUAUAUUAUGGUUAUUGAAUGUGUAAAUAUGAAGAAAAUAGUAAUAAAACAAAAAAAAAUCUUAA